AUCAGUUUGAAGAGAUGUUGCCGUUUCCGACGAAUAAGUUGCCUAUAGAGUAUAAUAAUGUACCACCAUCACCACCACCUAAACUGACUGCUGAUCGUAGGGUGAUGAUGACUAGUCGAGCGUGCACUGCAUUACCAGAACUUGAGGAUUUUGGGCAACUAACCAGCGUUAUACUGCCUAAUAACACGACUGUUGCCCAAGGGAAUGACCAGUACCAAAAUAUACUCCUAGAGCAAUUUGGCUUCGACCCAAUAGAUCCCAGCACAACGAUUGACCAACUUAAGGCUUUGAAACAAGCUCUCUGUAACAGCUUAUCGCCUAAGGUGGAAAACAGUUCACAAUAUGCCAAUCCAGACCAAACCUACGCGGAUAUGAAUGAAGAGACCCCGUUUGUUCUUGAAACAGUCGACGAUAUUGACCAGUUCCUUAAAAGAGAAAGCAAAGGACGUGGACAAAUAAAGAAACAGCCAAUCGAAACUGAGACUCCAAGCUCCACUCCAAAACCAUUCACAAAUUAUACUUCAAAAGACGUUCACAUAUCAGAAACACCUCGAGUAAAGGUCAUCGCGGAAAAAUAUACGAGAUUCAAGAAGAACAAUAUAGAACUUCGCAAGCUAGAAGAGAAGAUAGUCUGUAUAGAGUAUGACGUUUACGACCAGGAACUUGGUUUCUUCAAGCACCCUGUUCAGGUCAUGAGGGCUUUCUUCUCAAUAACUACUAGCUGUGAGAAGUGUGAAGGAGGAGGACAACUUCUGAGUGAAAUACCACCAGCGAUUAAAAAUAAACUUCAAAUCGACGAAGAGGAGCUUAAAAAACUGAGCAAGAAGGAAAUAGAAAUGAUUGACGAGAAAAUUUCUGAGAACAAACCUUAUUUGGACGAUCUCAGACGCGUUCUGAAGAAACAACGGGUUAUAACCGCCAAGAAGAAGAAGUCUACUCUCGACUUGCUAUCUAUGUAUGACAUGGCCAGGAAAGAUUACCCCCCACUAGACCACGAUUUUUCGAACACAAACCUGCUUUCUAAAGCAGAGUUACAAGAAAUCAAAGAUUUGAUCCUGGCGAAAUGCGAGUCUGGAGCUAUCGGUAUUAGCAGAAGGACGGUCAGACGCCCUAACGGAGCACCCACUGAUAAUAUGAAAUCUGACAGUGCCUUCUACGAUAUUCUGCGUGAUUGCGCUAGUAAUAUGUAACACAUUUCUAACAUUUACCAAUAAAAUGUGCUUGGCGUUCCUGUGGAUUUUUUUAAACAUGUGUAAAUAUGGCUCUUUACUUUUCAAAGGAAAAAUAAAAUUUUGG